GUUGUUAAUUGUUUAAAACACGACCAUUGUAUUUGAAUAUUAAGUGUUAAAGGUGAUGUCCCGUCUCCCCCGAACCUAAAGGUAUCAUCGUAUCUCCACAGUAUAAUUAAUACAUAAUUUAUAUUCCAUAUACUAAAGUAUGCUGACCUCAAAACGUACUUUCGGUUUGUUUGCCAAGUUACUCAUUCAUUGUUGCAACCCAGUAUUGAACAAUCUACUCACUAAUUGCGACAGUGCGUGCAUUAGAAAAUGACGCAGGCCGAAGCAGAAAACUUUAAGGUGCAAGCAGAAAAACUGGAAAAGGAAGCGCUUGAGGUCAUUAACAAUAUAAAUGGAUGGACGUAUUUAAAAACUGUGAGUAACAUAAAAGUCUACUGGAAAUCGUCGACUUAUUUUACUGGACACAUCUACAAGUUCGUGGUGGAGGUCGAUGCUUUGUAUUCGGAUGUCUUUGAUGUAAUGAUCCCUCCGUCGUGCAGCAAGGAAAAGUUGAAAUGGGAUAAAAGCUUGAAACAUUAUGAGCAAUUGCGUAAAGUUUCAGAGGAUAUAUCGGUCGGAUUAAUCAUUACCCCAACUGCGGCUAUGGGGCUUAUAUCGAAGAGAGAAUUCAUUGACCUGUAUUGCUGCAAAACAUACGACUACCAAUGGAGUAAUCCAGAUUACGGAAAAACAUGUUGGAUUUUCGGUAAAAGCGUGGAUAUUCCAGGUCGAGCAAUUACACCGGGUUGCGUACGUGGCCUCAACUACCCCGGGGGUUACGGAGUAGCAGAAAAUAAAAGGUCGCCGGACAAAUGCUUCAUUGAAUUGUACGUGCACACUGAUGUUGGGGGGAUGAUACCUCGUUCUCUGGUUGAAGUAGCUUUACCGUUACAGCAAGUAUCGUAUGUGACCCAUCUUGUAAAAGAAGUCAAGCGACGAAAGAAGUAAUUCCGUUUCGUCGUAACUCUCACUUUGGUUUUAGCGAAAAUAGAGGUUUAUUACUCGUCGCAG